UUUACCUCUUCCGGAAAUCGGGGUCCGGUCCCCGGAUUUGAUGUUAGACGCGGAAGCACGUUAUCCGGUGUUCGUUGAGUUUUACCGCCAUUAAAAGGUUGCACUGAAAACUCGGACGAUCUUUGUGUUGUUAUUGAAGAACACAGCCAGCCAUCCGGCAUAACAAGUGGUGUCAGAAGUGGGAUUUUGCUUAUACGCCCUGCAGGGAGUCCAAAACCCGUUUCUUUUUGUGUAAUGUAUUGCAAUUCGUACCUCAAAGUGGACAGAGGUCUGCUACAGAGGUCGGAGAAGGAUCUCGUAGACUACCUUAAAUCACACAACGUGACAAUACCACCUCACGAGGCUGAUUUGACCCCCCUGCUAGUAUCCGACAGCAAAGGAAAGCGCCUUGCAGUGGUACACAGGGGCAGUAAUCCAAAACUUCCGAUACAGUUCUCAUGUAAAGGUGGUGCAAACUCAUCAACCCUAGUAUCCCUACUAAAAGAACAAAUUCCCAUCCUCAAGCAGAAAUUUGGUAAACCUGUUUAUGUUUAUUUCUGGGCUGGUACAUGCGACAUAACCUCAAAGCAAGGCUGUUAUAUAAACAUUUCUGGUACCUGUGUUAACACUAUACACAAAAUUAUCAACUGCUACAAAAGAGCGAGGGACUACACAAUAAAACAGGGGUGCAAAAUUCAAUUUAUUGGAGUACCUGUUUAUUCGGUUAGCCUUUACAAUGAUAUCCAAGGUCACCAUAAUCCGAGCAAGUUUCUAGAAACAGAUGCUGAAGUUGCCAGCCAGGUACACUUCUUGAACUCUCAAAUUGAACUUCUCAACACAGAACUUGGUACCACAACACUUAAAUUCAAUGCUGAUCUUCGUGAUUGUCGAAAAAAGGGAAAAGAGCGAUAUUUCAUAGAAUUAUUGGAGGACGGUCUCCACCCUGGGGAACUCUUGGCGAGGAAGUGGUUUAGGCGACUUGAAUUAAAUAUUGGUGCCACAUAG